CCGGCGGGAGGCCCCUGCGGCGGCCCAGGCCACAGCCCGCCGCCUCCCAGCGCCGCCGCCUCGGCCCCCCGGCCCGCAUGACAUCAUCGGGACGGCUCGGGAUCGAUCCCCGCCGGCCGCCGGUUCGGGCGGGCGCUCCUCCGCGGCGGCCGCCGCUGCCGCCCUGCGCGCCCAGGGGGAACGCCGGCCCUGCCGCGGACGGAACGGGCUAACAUCGGAUCCAUCCCCGCCGCCAUGAAGCGAGAGCGCUGACGGCUCUGCGCCGGCUUCGGGCUGCGCGUCGGGAAGCCGCUUCAGGGGCUGCGGGGGGCGAAGGUGCGGUGUCCUCACGGCCCCGCGGCGAAUGCGCCCUCCACGAACAACGGCACUUGUUAAGGAGUCCUGCCUGGCUCGGGGGUCAGGAAGAAGGAAUUCACCGGGUGGGAAUCGGGAGAGAGGAAAAGGAGCCACGAGCGGGAAGAUCAGGCAUCAGCAGCUGAAGAAACCGCCCGGUCCCUCUCCUGACACAGGCUGCAACGCGCAACGCAGCGGGCGCCUCCAGACCCCUAUUGUAACCGAAUGGGGCGGGAGGGGAAGCCCAGCGGCAUAAACAAGGAGCACAGGACCUGAUUCCUUCCCCUCCCUUUCCUCACUGGCUUGCCCAGGCUCGCCAGUAAAUCCAGCUCGGCUAUGCAUCGCGAUGGGAACGUGCUGCCAAGGAGGCUGCCUUCCCAUCACUGAGGAUGGUGCCUUCCCCUCACUGAGGAGGCUGCUGCUGCCGCCGGGGCUGCCCGAACACCACUGAGGACGCUGCUGCCGCCGCGGAGGUUGCCGUGCCCUCACUGAGACAGCCGCAGCUGCCGCCGCCGAGGCUGCCGUGCCCUCAUCGAGACGGCCACCGCCGCCGCUGCGUUACUGGGAGAGAUUGUAGCGCUGCGACAGGGGAGGACGGGGCUCGGCGCGCAGGGGGGAGGCGCGGCGAGCAUGCGCCGCCAGAGCCACUGACUGGAUCCUCGGCCAAGGUACCGAGGUAAAAAAAAAAAAAAAAAAAAAAAAAAAAAAAAAAAAAAAAAAGGGAAAAAAGGAAAAGGAUUGAGAGAAAGAAGCAUGAAAGACAGCAGAGGAGAAUAGAAAAGACCGCCAGGAUAAAGCAGCCCUCGGUCGGCGGCAAGCAGCAGCUCUGGCAUGUGGGGAUCUCCGGCACCAACAGAUAUUUUGAUGGCAUGACAAAUCAGAAAGAAGAGGAUGUACUGUAUGACUAGACACAAGAUCAGUUCUGUUUGUGGAUUACAUUUUCAGUAAGAUGUAUGGAUCUAUUUUUUCCUUGUUCUUAAAUAUAGAUCAUGAGACUUGACUGAGGCAAUAUACAUAUCAUCCAUCCAUCUAUGGCGAACUACAGCCAUGCAGCUGACAACAUUUUACAAAAUCUCUCUCCUUUAACAGCUUUUCUGAAACUGACUUCACUGGGUUUCAUAAUAGGAGUCAGUGUUGUGGGUAACCUUCUGAUCUCCAUUUUGCUAGUCAAAGAUAAGACCUUGCAUAGAGCUCCUUACUACUUCCUGUUGGAUCUUUGCUGCUCAGAUAUCCUCAGAUCUGCAAUUUGUUUCCCAUUUGUUUUCACCUCUGUGAAAAAUGGCUCUACUUGGACAUAUGGGACUCUUACUUGCAAGGUGAUUGCCUUUUUGGGGGUUUUGUCCUGCUUUCACACUGCUUUCAUGUUAUUCUGCAUAAGCGUCACAAGAUACUUAGCUAUUGCCCACCACCGUUUUUAUACGAAAAGACUGACCUUCUGGACUUGUUUGGCUGUUAUCUGUAUGGUUUGGACUCUCUCUGUAGCCAUGGCUUUCCCCCCAGUUUUAGAUGUGGGCACCUACUCGUUCAUUAGGGAGGAAGACCAAUGCACUUUCCAGCAUCGUUCCUUCAGGGCUAAUGAUUCCUUGGGAUUUAUGCUUCUUCUUGCCCUUAUCCUCCUAGCCACACAGCUUGUCUACCUCAAGCUGAUAUUUUUUGUUCACGAUCGCAGGAAAAUGAAGCCAGUCCAGUUUGUUGCAGCAGUGAGCCAGAACUGGACUUUUCAUGGUCCUGGAGCGAGUGGUCAAGCAGCUGCUAAUUGGCUGGCUGGAUUCGGAAGGGGUCCCACACCUCCAACCUUGUUGGGAAUCAGGCAAAAUGCGAACACCACGGGCAGGAGGAGGCUACUGGUUUUAGAUGAGUUCAAAAUGGAGAAGAGAAUCAGCAGAAUGUUCUACAUCAUGACAUUUCUCUUUCUGACCUUGUGGGGUCCCUAUUUGGUAGCCUGUUACUGGAGAGUUUUUGCAAGAGGGCCUGUAGUACCUGGGGGAUUUCUAACGGCCGCUGUCUGGAUGAGUUUUGCCCAAGCUGGAAUCAAUCCUUUUGUCUGCAUUUUCUCCAACAGGGAGCUGAGGCGCUGUUUCAGCACAACCCUUCUUUACUGCAGAAAAUCCAGGUUACCAAGGGAACCUUACUGUGUUAUAUGAGGGAGCAUCUGUAAAUCUUUAGCCUUGUGAAACACUACCAUUCUCUGCUAAGCAAUUGUGGCCUGUAGCCAUGUCUUGAGGAGAAAAUCAAGAAUGGGAUGUCAGCAGCUGUAAGGAUUUGGGCAACAUUCUGCAGUCUUUGCAAUAGCUCACCUCUAAUCCUGUUUUAAACCUAAACGUGUUCCUGCUGACCACUGCUGAAGGUUUGUAAUUAAGAACAAAGGACUGAACUACUGCCCUGAAUUCCUUUAUGUGGUUGAAAUCUAGAUUAUGAAAGUAGCAGGUGCUAAGUAUCAGUGCUAAAUGCUGUGUAUAUCACUACAUAAAAUAAGAACAUCAGAAAGAUUAGCAUUGGACAUCUUAAUAAAUUAAGUUGAUAUGAGGUUAAUGUGUUGAUAAAACUAAUUUUAGACAUCUGAAGACCUUUAAAACAUUUCAUACAAUUAUUAUUUUGCAAAGACUGAAAACUGGGGACUCAAGUACUGUAACUGAUUAAAGAUGUGCCAUGCAUUAUUGGAUUAUCACACUUACAAAUCUGUUUGCCUUGUGAGUAAGUUUUGAGGAGCAUUCCAAAGCAGUAUUUUUGUUCAGAUUUCGAAUUUAAUUUUUUUCCAACUAUAUUACUCUUUCUAAAUACCAUUUUCCUUAACAGUGAAAUUACUAACAUUUAACUGUAUUCUGUGUUUUUUGCUGAUUUGGUAUAAAGUUUAAUAGACUCUUAUUUAUAUUUUCUAAAAAGCUAGAUAUCAGUCUGUUAGGCAACGUUAACAACAAUAUCCAGUCAUAAUUGAAGAGUUAUAAUUAUACAGAAUAAACACAUGUUGCCUUAAAGGGUUAUCUAGUAUCUUCCAUUUUGUUUAGCAUUGAAGCAAAUAAGCAAGGAAAAUUGAAUCAAUAACUCUGGUCAGUCAUUUGGGAGUGCAUGAAAGAUCACUUAGUCCUCUUUUUUCCUUUUUACUCCAAUGGUUCCCAAAAUCAAUAUGCACAUCACUGGGAUUAUAUGAUUUUUUUCUAGGUGUGCCGCCCUUUCUAGUUUGUUCUGAGAAACACAGGCAGUUGAUGUAUGUUUAUAUUUUGAGACAGCUGUCAUGGGGAGACCGCAGCCUUAGUAUGAUAUCUUGCACAAUUUGUGAAGCAUUUAUUCUACUGAAGGCACAGUCUUGUUUAUAUUUUCUGCACAUUUUGGUGUAUUGGUUGUUUUAAAUUAUUUAAGUUUUAACUUGUGAAAGCAUAUAAUAUGAUUUCUUAGUGUUUUAGAAAUACAUUAGAGUCUGUGAGUCUUUCCUUCUUUCAGAUACAGAUGUGUGGAUUUCAAUAUAAAGUUGCAUUUGCCAAAAUUUACCUGUGUAGCUUGUUAAUUUUCUUGGAAUAAAAUUUUACAUUUUUCCAGUUAUA